CUUUUUCUUUUCCGCCCUGUCUCUCUCUCUCUCUCUCUCUCUCUCUCUCUCUCUCUCUCUCUCCUCUGUCUUUGCUGUUGCCCAAUAACACAAAGAAAGUCGAGGAAGACGACUUUCUCUCUCGGUCUCUCUCCUCUCACCUCAGCUCAUCUCAAUUUCCAAUUUUAAUAUUUUCUUUUUCUUUUUCUGCAGAUUCUCUUCUCUCUCUCUCUCUCUGCGUCCUCUCUUUUUUCAUAUGGUGCCUUGUAUAAAUUCGACUUCCCUUCCCAAUUAAUACCCUUCUUCCCUGUCUCUCAUCUAACCCCUCCUCUCUUCUGUGGCUCCGUUCGAUACCCUUUCUCCCCUCUUUUUUUUUUUUCCCCUUGCUCUUUUACAGAGUCCCUCCUUGUGAGGAGCUGUACAGUUAUAGCUCAGCCGUUUGUUUAUAGAGAGAUCCGCCAGGAGGAAAUCCCAAGAAAAAAAAAAUUGCUUUACAAAACGAGAAGGAUGAAUCACUGCGUGAUCCAGCAGAACGCGUUCUUGGCCCGUGAAGAGAUGAGGAGGGAGGCCAUGGUUUGCCCCAAGCCCCGCCGCCUUGGCUCGUUAACCGCAGCCAUCUCCGACCACCCUACGAAGCCCCUUAGGUGGCACCUCAGCAACCAAGCGGAACUUUGUGAUUCUAAAGCUGGAGCUGAUGUUUUGGACAUCAUCCUUUCAAAGGGUGGUGGUUAUGGCGCAGAACAGCCUUGUGCACAGAUCGCCUCGUCGCCCCCAUUUUUUUGCGGGUCGCCGCCGAGCAGAGUAUCUAACCCACUAAUUAAAGACGACAGGUUUGGGGACGAGAAGGUCCUCCCAUUCUCUCCGCUCUCGCCCAUUGCGGGCCCCCCAUCGGGGUUAUCCUCCUCUCCCUCAUCAUCCUCGAGGAAGGGGGGAUGCGUCCGGGCGAAUUUUGGGAGCAAGCCAGCGGUGAGGAUCGAGGGGUUUGAUUGCCUGAACAGGGACCGACGGAACUGCGGGAUCCCUGCCCUGGCAUGACGAGAUCUCUUCCACCGACCGAACACAUCACACGGUUUUAUAAUUUAAAUCCACUAAACAUUUGACUGCUUGAAAGGAGUUUUGAGAUCCCCAGCGAGCGAAAGGAGUUGAGAGAGAGCAAACACCAGUACCGUCAUCCUAUUUAGUUGUACAUAGAGCUGUUGAAAAAGGGUUUAAUCUUGUAAAUGCUACCAAGGUGUCCUGUCCUGUAAGUAAUGAGUCUGUCGAAAUAAUUCAAGAAGGGAGAGAGAGAGAGAGAGAGAGAGAGAGAGAGAGAGUGUGUUCCUUGAUUAGGUUCGAGGGGUUUCGAUUUUACUUAGGGAAGUCUGUCUUCAAAUCUUUUGUGGGUCCAUCCAUCCUUCCUCCCUCUUAUGGUAUGAUGUAAUUAGAGGAGUUUAGAGGGACGGAGGGAAGGGUUGGGGGGAAAUUUUCAUUUGGAAGCUCCAAUGGGAGCGGCUUGAGUUGAGAGGAUGAAUGAAAGUUGUACAAAAAUCAGGUUGGAAUUUGAGUAAAAUCAAGUUAAAGUUUGUAGCUUCUUUUUUUCCUUA